CCUUGGUUUCAGUUUCCUAAGGGAGGCCAAGCAUUUUUCCCGGAGAGCCUUCCUUCCUCCUUCCCUCCUCCGAGCGGGUGGGCGCUUGAAGCGGCUUGAGACCCCUUCCUUGCCUUUGAAUUUGCGACUCCCCUUCGAGGUCCACGCCGGGACCAUUGCUGCGCGUCCUUCUCCCUCUCCCUCUCUCCCACCUGUGAUGCGGGCGGGGAUUGGAGGACAGGGUCAUAUGACGCGUCACGUGGUGGCGGCGGCUCCUUCCACCCCCAACCCUCCCCCAGAAGAAAAUGGGGUUUGGUGUAAAUCUGGGGGUGUAAUGUUAUCAUAUAUCACGCUACCUCGUAAAACCGACACCGAAGCCUACCGGACCACAAAUCACCACCGGCCGAAAAUUAUGAGCUCUUCGUAUUAUGUGAACGCGCUUUUUAGCAAAUACACGGCGGCGGGGGCGGCUUCGCUGUUCCCCAAUGCGGCGGAGCCCACGGCUUGCUCCUUCGCCACCGGCUCGCCCCGCAGCGGCUAUGGGGCCGGGCCGGGCGCCUUCGCCUCCUCCAUGCCGGCCUUGUACAACGUCAACAGCAGCCUCUACGCCAACCCCUUCUCCUCCGCCUCCGCCUCCUCCGCCGGGUACAGCCUGGGCUCCGACGCCUACAACCUGCCCAGUUGCGCCGCCGCCGCCGCCUUCGACCAGAACAUCCCCGUCCUCUGCGGCGACCUCGCCCCCAAGGGCUGCGAGAAAGCCGAGGGGAGCCACCUGCACAGCCAGGCCGAGAGCAAUUUCCGCAUCUACCCCUGGAUGAGGUCUUCAGGUCCGGAUCGGAAGCGAGGCCGCCAGACUUACACCCGCUACCAAACCCUGGAGCUGGAGAAGGAGUUCCACUUCAACCGCUACCUGACCCGCCGGCGCCGGAUAGAGAUCGCCCACGCUCUUUGCUUGACGGAGAGGCAGAUCAAGAUCUGGUUCCAAAACCGGCGCAUGAAGUGGAAGAAGGAGCAUAAAGAGGAAGCCCCUGGAGAGGGAGGAGAAGGUGGAGGGGCCCCGGCCGCCCCCAAAGACAGCACACCCGCUGCAACCUCCGUGGAGAAAGUAGAGGAGGAGGAAGAGGAAGAAGAGGAGGAGGAGGAAGAGGAGGAGGCAUAAUCCUUUGGGGUCUCCUUCUCCCAGGAGCAGUCGGUUCUCCGCUCUCCUGUAUGCACGUGACUUGUAAAAUCCCCCUGAAAUGAACCAUGAAAAAUACAAGAGACCCUUCUAAUGGCCAUAUAAGGAGGCGGGAGUGGGGGGUGGCUGGAGAGCCCUUUUAAUCCCCCUUUCUCUCUCCCCCCCCCGAAAGACACCAUCCUAGGCUGAAGUAGGUUCUCCAUGGACUACUAUGCUGCCCCAAGCCUCUUGUCAUUGUUUUUUCUUCUUCUUCGUCUUGUGACUGGAUCGCUAGAUAAGAUUUUUACUGAUAUUUGUGACAGGAAAUAUAUAUAUAAAUAUAUGUAUAUAUAUAUAAAUUGCACAGAAAGGGGUGGGGGGAGAGAAGUCCCUUGUAAUGUAUCCUUCCAGAUAGAAACUACCUGACUAUAUAUUGGUCCAAAUCAAUCCCGAAGGGAGAAGUGCAUUAGGUUCAUACUUAAAACUACCUAAUUUGAGGCUGCAUUUCCAGCUCCUAUGAUGUUUCCCCCCCUCUGUGUAUGUUUCCUCAAAUAACCUGGAAAAGGGAAGCGGGAGAAAUACUUAAGAUAAAGCAAGGUGAAUAAACCACUAGACUACAAUGUUUCCUACUACCUAUGUUGAAGACUACCUAUUCUCGAGCUCCGCCUACCUAUCUCCCAUACGAUACUGUAUUUUAUUAAUGCGGGGGGGGGGGGUUAAGGGGGGGUUGGGAAGGGAAAAUCAGAGGGAAGUGACUUGUUUGUAGAACUGAAGCUUAGAGAAGGAGGCACCCAAGGAAGUGGCCAAGCCUCCCUAGUUCGGAUAUAGUAUUUCUCGUGUAUUAUUGCUAGGUCUAAUUUAAAGUUUUCUUUUUUAAAAAUAAAAUAAAAUAAAGGAAAAUAAUAUAUUUAUUCCAGGCCAAGCGAAAACCGUAUGCUGCAAUAGAAGCAGUCCUCACAAAUCUUCGCUUGUCCGCAUUUUCGCAAGUCCGCAUUUUCAUUUUCCGCACCGCAGUGAUUGUACAAAGCGGCCCCAUCUUUUCCUUUUGUAUUUACGUCCUUGAUGGCCAGAUUGAUAUUUCAUUCUUAAAUCUUUAAUUCCAUGUAAGUAGUAACAGGAGGAACAAGAAAAGGGAGAAUUUCUGUGUACCCUCCUCCUUUCCUUGCUCCUACUGUUCUCAGAAUACAUUAGAUAGGAAAACGCCGUUGCCCGUUACUGUUAAGGUGAAUUACUACAUCUUGCUACCCAGAAUGAAACUUUUGCCUUUUGUUGUCUUGCAACGCAUUCUAUAACACACUAUAAUAUUCCUCAUCGAUGAAAUAGUCUACCAGGAAAGUUCACGCUCUAAAUAAACAAAUGUUAGGCUUUCAAGGGGCCACAAGACUCUCUUGCUGUUUGUGCUUCAAGUUGCAGCAUGAGGCAAUAUUUUUAGGGAGGAGGUCUGUUUUUUGUUUUUGUUUUUACAAAAGUCAAGAUAUCCUUCUGUAGAAAUCAACUCCCACCUCGACCGUUUGAGCUACACUUUAUUCAUGAAUUGUAAUUCACAACAUGGGUUCUGAUUUUCCGUUGUGUUCACUGUGAACAUUGGGGUGUUUUGUGUGAAAAUGAGGGGAGGAGGAGGGAACGUUCAAUGUGUUCUAUGUUAUACAGAAAUAAAAAAAUACUUGACAAUGGAUCCUCUUGUGUGUGUUUUUGGACUCAAAAAAUAUACAUAAACAACCAAAUGCUACACAAACUCUGACGAUGCCUGCCACAGAUGUGGGUGAAACGUCAGGAGAGAAUGCUUCUGGAGCGUGUCCAUACAGCCCAGAAAACUCACAGCAACCCAAAUACUAAGUUCCCAGCAAAUCAGAAAAUCCCAAAUUGGAAUGGACUACACAAAAUGAGAAUCCACAGCUAGCUACCAAAGAUAUUCAUGGUUUUUUUGCUGAUAAUUGGCAAAAAAAGCCAACACAAUGCUGUUUUUCUAGGAUAAUUCGCCUAGGAGUUAAACUUCAGUGUGAGGCUUUGAGUCUGGUUUCACGCUGCCAUAUAAUGCCAGUAAAGAACCAUAUAUAAUGCAGUUCAAGGCCCCUUUCACACAACCAUAUAACCCAGAAUAUCGAGGCAGAAUAACCCACAAUAUCCGCUUUGAACUGGAAUAUCUGAGUCCACAUUGCCAUAUAUCCCAGUUCAAAGCAGAUAAUAUGGGGUUUUAUUUAGCUGUGUGGAAGGGGCCAAAGAGAUGAUGCUUCUUGAACAUGGCCAUACAGCCCAGAAAACUCACAGCAACCCAGUGAUUCCAACCAUGGACACCUUCGGCAACACAAUGUAGAACCAGCUCGAGAAAUCUAUGAAAUACGCCAUUUUCUGUGUGGACAAGAAAUCCCUAGACAGAUAGCUAAGGAUAUAAGGUUUUCCCCGCUUCCUUGGC